GGUGUCGGCGGAGCGGUUAGUUACUCCACAAACACACCACCAAACUUCUGCUCUCUGCUCUGAACUGGGUUAAAUGUCGCGUCGCGAAUGUGCAAAGUCACCCUUCCUAAGUAUCUCUACGAUUGUAUAACUAGAAAGACUUAUAGUCACGUUUCGACUGCGGUUGUGACUUAAAAAUGGGGGAAAAGACGGAAAACGAGCAAGAGGCUGUCAAAUACUACCGACUGUCAGAGAUCGAGGAGCAGAAUACCUUCAAAUCAACAUGGAUUAUCAUCAACAAUAAUGUGUACGAUGUCACCAAGUUUCUGGAGGAGCACCCCGGGGGUGAGGAGGUUCUGAGGGAGCAGGCGGGCGGGGACGCCACCGAGAGCUUCGAGGACGUUGGCCACUCGACCGACGCCAGGGAAAUGGCGGCCGACAUGAAGAUUGGAGAGCUGCACCCGGAGGACAGAGAAAAGAUCGUUAAACCACAGGACCCAUAUCUGAACGUAGCCACCGUGCAAACGAGUUCCUGGACUAGCUGGUUGAUCCCCCUCCUGGCGGCACUGGCUGCCACCCUGCUGUACCGCAUGUGUACCGCAGAGAAGCAGUGACCUCACGUACGCCCCAAUCACCAACUGAAUGGGUACAUUCCACAGUCCGUCCGUCCCCGUCCCCCUGAACCAAGAUGGCCGCUAUCUGGAGAUUGGACCAUGUGCUUUAUUGAACACAGCGCCGCCAUGCAAGAGAAGUAAUGAUAUUCAUUGCCGGCUAUGUGAUUUGAUCAGGACAUUUUUAGAGCGUAGAAAUAGAGUUUCUAGAGGUUGGAUGAAGUUGUUUUCAUGGGAUUUGCGGCGGGAAGAUGCAAUGCACAAGAUGAGGAAGAUGUUCCUAUUCUAGGGUAACUCUAUAUUUGAAUGUGCUAUCUAUCUUUAACAUAACUAUAUUAUGCUAUUUGGCUAAUUUAGCAGAACUGUUAGUAGAAUUUCCAAGCUUAAUCAUGUAGAAACCACUGUAUUAUCACGUUGUAAACUUUCACCCAUUUAUUAUCAUUCCAUGACUUAAAUAUGAAUGUCCUUUUUUAAUUCAAGAUUCUCAAGCAAUGCAAUGCAUCUAUAAUUUUCUACCAAUAUGUAUGUGUUUUUUGACACUAUAAAAAAUGCAAUCUUCAACAAAGCAAGUUUACGUGUGAUU